GAAACACUCACUCGACCAACUGCUUGGAGGAAAUCCGUCGUAAACAAAGGGGAAUACGUGUACCGUGUUCAAUACUUUAUUUGCUAGUGUGUCCGACGUGCCGGACGUCUCUCUCCAGUGUUGUCGAACCACGUUUUGUUUGCUCUAUGUUCCCCUCAUUCAGCUUGUUCUGGUUUACUUGGUUCGAGUAAGGUUGAGGGUUGAGCCAGUCAUUGAACAGCUUCAGUGUCGCCAUGGAUUCCGCAGACACCAAUAUGAGGAAUCCACCCAAUGAAAACACACCAAAUGAGAACCCACCCAAUGGUGACAGUGUGGAUCCACCAACACCAUGGCUAAAGUAUCUUGUUGACAGCAUUCAAAGCCGACCAGUUGUGCCACACGCCAAAAUGCCGGUGGAAAGGACUGCAGUGUACUACAACAUGAACCACAAGAAACGUGGAAUAGCAAUCAUUUUGAACCAUGAACAUUUCAGAGCAAAUCUGAACCUGAGGUCACGUUCAGGUACCAACCUUGAUUCCAAAAAACUGGAAAAUACUCUUCAGGGCCUUGGGUUUGAUCCGUGGUCUUAUUAUGACCGGUCUCUAGAGGAAGUUCAUCAAAUUAUAGCUAAAGCCUCUACCCUGGAUCACUCAGAUCAUGAUGCCCUGAUUGUUGUGGUAUUGACCCAUGGUGAGCAGGGAAUUCUCUAUGCCAAUGAUGGAGUCUACAAGCCAGACAGUCUUUGGCUCCCAUUUACAGCAGACAAGUGCAAAUCUCUAGCUGGAAAACCAAAACUAUUCUUCAUUCAGGCUUGUCAGGGCGACAAGCUUGACUCAGGAGUGAUAAUGAGGCCUACUGAAACAGACAGCGGCACUGGUUCAUACAAGAUUCCCAUCCAUGCUGAUUUCCUAAUUGCAUACUCAACAAUACCCGGGUACUACUCUUGGAGAAACACCUCAAAAGGCUCCUGGUUUAUGCAGGCUCUGUGUGAAGAGCUGAAUGAGAACGGAUUUCUUCUAGACCUUCUUACUAUAAUGACAUUUGUUAAUCAGCGUGUGGCAUUUGACUUUGAGUCUAAUACACCAGAUAAUCCUGGAAUGCAUCAGCAGAAGCAAAUACCAUGUAUUACAUACAUGCUGACUCGACUAGUGAAAUUUACUCGCAAACAGAACUAAGUUGCUAAGUCUAAAUAAUUAUUGGUGCUUGUGUCAGCUUAUGACUUAAGGCUUUUAAGACUGUUCAUAGCAUUUUUGCACCAAUAAUUUAUUUUUGUUUGAUGCUGGCAGACCAUUACUUAGGCCAAUUGAAGCUGGUGGAGGUGUUGAAAAAAUGUUCGAUAGGACCAAUUGCCCUUAGUUUUAUCACUUUAUUACUUUUUCUGUCUUCUAAAUUGUUUCAAUUUUAGCAGGUGUUACCCAUAUAGCUAAAGUGUGUUUGAUUUAGUUCAGCUGAGAAUGCUAGCUAUUACCAUCAUGUUCCUCCUCUGCAUUGUGUUUUUUAAAAUAUUUUUUUGAACAUCAGUAUUGUAAAUUUAAGUAUAAUCACCAUAAUUUAUUUUUCGCUUGAGAAUUUUAGAGUGCUGAAUUUGCAUUUAUUUUUUACUUUUGAUACAUUUUGUAUUUGAAUGUGAUAUGAUAAGGCUGUCCUUUGGGUUGUCAAUCAUGUUGGAAAGGAAUUAUUCACAAGAAUGGAUUGAUUGCUUUUGUACAAAUCAUGAAAUCCUGAAUGUUUGCACUGCCUGUCUCUGUACUUGUUGGUCUAAGACAAUUCGGGAUCUUUCAAUAAAAAAAAAAACAUAAAA